UUGAAUUGCGCCAGCGCAAUUCUGGCAGGACGACUGGACUUUAAUUCGUUCAUUUUGUGUAAAGUAGAUCGAAGGAGUGAACAGAUGGCAUAAUAAAAUAACCGCGAACAAUUACGAGUUAUUGAAUCCCUCGAUAGCAAACAGCACCCAGGACAGAUAUUUAACCAAAGUCAAACGAACCACUGAGAUCUGGCUUUUCACGAAGUGGAAACCAUCGAAAUACAUCGAAGUAACUCGUUGUUGCUGUGCUACGCUACACUGAGUUUUAAGACCUAACGGUUCCUUCGAGGCAGUGAUGGCUAUCAAGGGGCUGAUAGCUGCAAUUGUUCAGUUUUUAACUCACCAAUUAGAAGAGGGUGGUGACAUUACGGAGGACUCUAGGGAGAGUCUCGAAGUGGCAAUACAGUGUUUAGGGAGUGCUUAUAACCUACAAGCAUCCGAUACUCCGGCGAAUUUUAAUUUAUACCAAGUGUAUGCAUCCUUUCUGAAAACUGCAAGACCUCAAACAUCUUCGGAAACUACAGCCGAAGCUAUACCAGAAGCUACGCCCGAAGCAAAAGCUACGGCCGAAAGAUUAAAGAACGAAGGAAACGCUCUUAUGAAGGCUGGAAAGCACCACGAAGCGAUUGCCAACUACACAAAAGCGAUCGAAUUAGAUAGUCGCAAUGCGGUAUUUUAUUGCAAUCGGGCAGCAGCGUACAGCAAAAUUGGCAAUCACGAACAAGCGAUUAAGGAUUGCCAAACUACAUUAUCGAUCGAUCCCUCUUAUUGUAAAGCGUACGGUCGAUUGGGUUUAGCAUACUCCAGUUUGGACAGGCAUAAAGAAGCUAAAAAAAGCUACGAGAAAGCUUUGGAAAUGGAGCCUGAUAACGAAAGUUAUAAAAAUAAUUUGCAAGUGUCAAUAGAGAAAUUAGCGCAGCAGGACACGACGGGGUCAGGCGCAUUACCAGGUAUGGACCUCAGUGCAAUUUUGAACACUCCUGCUCUCGUGAACAUGGCAAGUCAAAUAUUGUUCAAUCCAGUUAUGCAAAGCAUAAUGAAUUCACUUGUGAACGAUGAUGCAGGGCGGGAAGUACUUCUAGAAACCGGCCAGCGAUUAACGGAACAGAUUCAAAAUGCUAACCCAGAAGUAGUUCAAUCCUUAAGACAGCAAAUGGGAGGAAAUCAAAAUGAUCCGGAACCACCGCAACAGAACUAAGAGGAACUGUGAUCGUGAAUUAUUAUAAAGAUCCUGCGAAAAUGGAAAACAACUAAAUUUAAUUGAACCAUAGAAUAGUCACAGGGCAAUGUUUGUCAUUUUUUAAUAUGCUAAGGAAAAAUUAUGUCUCAAAUUAACUUACAUUACCAUGGUGUUAAAGUAAUAUUCAUACAUAUAUAACAUAGAAACUUUCCUAUAACUUACUUACUGAAUAAACAUAACAACUUGUUUUUUUUUGAACCUGUGUUCGCAGUAUUUGGUACGCAAAAGCUAGAUAAAUAUCACAAUAUGAUGAAUAUUUUGUUAACAGGAUGAACGUCCGAACGCAUGUUAAUUGCUAUAAUUCUUAUGUUGUACAACAUAUCUCUUUGAGUCUAUUUUAAUUAUUACUGAUUUGUACAGUGUAAUAAUAUAUAUAUCCUUACUUAUUUUAGCAGUAAUUGUAUGUAUGGAUAAAACAUC